AUGGUGUACCGCGGCGGCGCCCCGCGCCGACCGAGGCCCACCAGCUUGCUGUGGCGGAAUUGGGUGGAGGAAUCGGGCGCCGACUUCUGCGUGAAGCAGGCCGAGUUGGAUGAACAGACCUCCUCGCAAGUGCUUGGCCUGGAGGACCCCAAAGCCACGGAGCAACAGAUGCGCUCGUUGCCCUUGCACUUGCUGGAGCGACGGAAUGAGGCGAACAUGGCUCAACUCUUUGAGCUCCUGCGGAAGUUGCCCUCAGCGGUGCACUUCUACUUGGAACAGUCGGUCUUCCCCCAGUUCAUGCGCUUCCAAGACGAGAAGCUCUCGGCGUCGGGACAAGACCUGGGCGGCUCGAUCCUCUUCGGCCAGCGCAUCGGCUUCAGCGGCACGCCGAGCGACCUCAUGCCCCGCGAGCUGGGCCAGUGCGACUACGAGCCAGGCAGCGAAGGAGAGAUGGUGAGCACCAUGACCGACACCAAGGUCGUCACCUUCGAAGCGAUUCCGCCUGGUUGGAACGUGGAACUGCUGCUGGACAGCAUCAUCGAAGCAGCUCACCAGGGCCGAUGCAAUGCACUCAUCGAUACUGGAGCACUGAUUACUGGGCUCACGAACCAAGAGGUGGCCGAGUAUCUCUUGGGCUUCGGCAACCGAGACGUGACGGGCAGCCCCACGAGCAGGUUGAUGUAUUCAUGUCCGAUCUAUGAUGAUAUCAACCAGAAAGCCGCAAGGCUUCGGCAGACGCGCGAGGUCACCAAACUCGCCGACAGCGGCGUGCCGGCGCAGCGGCGCUUCGCCUUCUACGACCAGGUGCACACCACGGGCAUGGACAUCCAACAUAAACUGGAUGCAGUGGCGGCCUUGACUUUGGGCAAGGACAUGUGCUGGCGUGACUACGUCCAGGGGGCUUACCGCAUGCGCGGGAUUGGCCGAGGACAGCGCAUUUGCCUCUAUGUUAUCCCAGAAGUGGUGGAGUUGAUCAGCCGCGAUUUGGCCUUGGCGGGCAUCGAAGAACGCCUGCACGGACCGGACGGUACGUGGACCAGCGACGAGCGUGGAAGGCUCUUGGCAGUGGCCGCCUGGCUGUUGGUGAACUCCAUUCGUACCGAGCGGAUUCAAUUCGCCAUGCUGCAGCUGCAGAACUUGGGCAACGUCUGGCGGCGGAAUGCCUUCCAGACCGUCAUGCAAGGCUUCGAAAUGGUCACCUCGGAAGGUCUGAAGGAGGCCGUCCAAGUCUUCAAGGAGCCCAUCGCCUUCACCCUGCCCAGUGGUGUGCCAAAAGCUCGCGGAGUGCAUGAGGUGGUCGAGGAGCGCGUGGACGAGAUGUCCGGGUUGAUCGUCAACGAGGAAGAUGAGCAAGCUGUGGCAGAGGUCAAGAAGAAUGUCUUGGAGCUGUCUGCCUUAGCCGAUGAGAAGGAGGGCGAGGCUGGCUUGGAGACUGAACAACAGCGGGAACAAGAGCAGGAACGACAACAAGAGCAGGAGCAAGAGGAGGAGAAGGAGCAGGAGAUCGAGAUAGAGAAGUUUGUGGAUUUGAUGCACUGCCGCGACGACGAGGAGCCAGAGAGUUGGCCUCUGGUGACCUUGGCCUCUGAGGAGAAGGCGAAGCAGUUCUAUGAGGCCCAGCGCUUUAAGCUUUGGAAGCGCAGACCUUUGGAGAAUUUGCCUGGCGAAGCCCGGAUCUCCACGAAUUGGUUUAAUCCCCAAUGGAGCGGCUUUCGUCGCGUGAAGAACGUCUUCGUGCAGAUGGAGUGGGUGCCGGACAUGGGCAAAGCCGUCCGCUGCAAAGAGCCCUUGCAGUUGGAUCAGCUGGAGGAGCUGGAGAUGCACAAGAAACUUCGCACCGCUUGGGAUUUACUGAUGCGUGGCGAGGGCAUCGAACUUCCUAGAGCUACACAGGUGCUGGAGUCAACAACAAGCACUGGGCACGGGAAGAAACCGGAGAAGCUGCCACCUCCGCCGGGCGAGCUGGGCUCCGAGCGCUUGAUGGAGCUCCUGGCCGCCUCCUUCGAUUGGGACCCCGCGCUGCGCGAUCCGGGCGCUGCUUUGGCCUAUUUGGGCCGAAAGGUGGAAGAGAAGGUGAACUACGAGGACAUGGUGCGACUCCUUUUGGACGCUCGCUUCCGCACUCGCGAUGAGGGCCGCAGCUUUGUGUUGCUCUCCCUGGCGGAGGCGGAGACGCUGCGGAGGGUGCUCCAUGCGCGGCUCCAGGAGAAGGAGCCGAUUCUCAAACAGACACCUAGCGCCGCGCUGGCAUUGCGUUGCGUCUUUGCAGGGAACGCGGUGCUGGAUGGCAGCAAGGGCUUCCAGCCCGGCCCGGCGUUCCAGUGUCGCAUGAUGCACCAGUUGGCACGAUUCUUGGAUGGCCAAUCCUUCUUCCGCCCGCCAGAGAUCUCUGUCCUGCUGCGUGCGUUGCAACGCAACAGGCCCUUCGAGCGUCGCCGCUUCUACGAGGGCUUGGGCGGCUGCCGCCGCCGCGGCGCCUCCGGGGGUUGGGAGCAGCAGCCGGUGGCCGAGGUUUUGCGGCCCUGGUUGGAGUUCGAGCAAGUGCUGGCGCGUGUGCGCGCCGUGCGGCUACACGCGGCGAUUUAUGGCCAAGGGCUGUCGGUGCAAAUGGCCUUCCAACGCUUCGACGUGAACCAGUCCGGCUUGUUGGAGCCAAUGGAGCUCUGCAGGGCGCUCAGAGAGUUGGGCUUCGCCUUUGAUGCGGAAGAGGUGGCGAAUUGGAUCGAAGCGGUGGACACCACUGGGAAUCACUGCGCCGAUUAUUCGGAGUUCUUUGCCUUCUGCAAGCUGCAAGUGGAUGCCUUGCUAGGGAUCGGCUUCGUCCCCAAAGCGGCCCUGGCGGCGGAUGCGACCGUCCUCAUGGCCGACCGGCGCGACAGCCACGCCAGCGCCGAGCCCGCCGAGCCGGUCACGCCGGUCGCCGGGAAGGACGAGCAGGUGGCGCAGCCGAAGAGCGCGAACCCCACGACGGGUGCGCCGGAGCUGAUCCGCCACACGAGUGAUAUCGUGCGCCCGGACGAGAUCGAAGAGGAGUUGCUGGAACGAAGGGCUGCGCAAAAGCGCCAAGAGGCAGAAGAAGCCCGGGCCAAGGCCGAAGUGGAAGAGGCGAUCGAAGUGUUGGUGGAAGAGGAGUUGGGCAUGAAUCCCUCCUUCGGAGAAGGCUUUGGAGAAUGGGACUUCAGAGGACAACUCUUGCCCAAGGACACCUUCGCCCUGGGCGUCGUCGAUUUGAUCCCUGAGAGUUGGGGCAGCAAAGCAGGC